CUCUGAUUGUGAAGUCCUCCAUCCAGUUGUAUUCAUAAUUAUACAGCCACAACAAUGAAGUUAGAAGACUUCUGUGGUUAGAGUGAAAGAGUGAUGGGUAGACGAGGCGUGCGAAACGCUUGUUGCUUGUUCUGUAGAUCUGGGCUUUUCGUUUUCUUGGUGCGCUACCGAGAUGAGAGACCGAAAGGUCAAAACUAGAUUGUAUUUGAGUGCGAUGACCCCGAGAAUCUGUCAUGAUUUAUGAGAAAGAGAUUCAUAUGUGUACGUGAGUGUGAGUAUCCAUCUACACUGUGAGCGGCAGAGGUCAGUUUAGAUUUGUCUUAACACGAGCAAUCAUCUAUAAGGGCAACUCGGUAUCUCGAUCUACUAACAUCAUCUGUUGUUCUUCAAAUUCUGUGACUCGGCGAAGCCCGAUCAAAAAGAUUGAAGAGAGAUACUUACUUUACAUUGUUAGUUUCAAUCAAAGUCAAGACCAAAAGAGGUAGAGGACUGAUUUGUUUCCCAUCAUCAUUUCAUUAUCCUUUGAUCCACUCCUCCGCAGUUCUGAUCUUUUCAGAAACAAACUGGAUUGUACUUGAGAGAAGAUGUUUAUCGAAAUUGAGUGAUCACUCAGUAAAUCACCAUCAAUGCAUGUAUCGUUUUGUGUCUCCUCUGAUGAUUGUGUGAUGCAUGUUGUCGUCGUGACUGUUGAAUUGUAAUCAAUGCAAUGAGGAUGAAAAUAUUUAUCUAGGUUCUUAUUCUAGAUCGUAGCUUAUUUCUUGCCCUUGCGCAGUCCAUUUUCAUUUGCGUUGCUUGCUGUUGGAUUUAUGAAUUGCACGUCGACUUCUUGCAGGUUUGAGAAUAAGUGCUUUGCGAUCUCGAUUCUUUUCGCUUUUUCCCCAAACACAAAAAAAUGUCGGUAGUCUCAAAGGACGGAAGACAUGAAGUCUUCGGCUCCAUGGCGCAGGUGACGUCUCUGCGAGCGGAUGUUGAUGAUGAUGGGGAGGUUUUACCAAUUACCAGCCGUUCAGCAGCGGCGGGAGCGGCAGGUGAAGGGAAUCUAAGAAGUGGCGGCAUUCGGUUGACAGAAGUGAGCCUGCACGAAGGCGAAGAUGGAAGCGAGCAACGGCGACUGCCUACUGCGUUAUGGGUAGCGCUUUUUUUCGGUGGCAUGCUCCAGCUUUGCGGCUUCUCGACGCACCUUGUGCUGGUCCAGUACCUGCAAACAAAAGUGUUCGGACAACAUUGGGGUUCCGUUAUGAAUUUACCCUACGCCGCCACCUGCGUUGUUGGCAGUCUGAGCUAUGUGCUGAUUACGAAUCUGCGACGCUACAAGGGAUCCUGCCGCUGGGCUCCUUUCCACGGGCGAUUCGUGUUCGCGCUUGCCGGUCUUACGCUCUCCUUUGCUCCGACAAUGAUCCUAGCUGUUCGUCUCGAGAGCUUCGGGUUAGGCGUUGCUUCAUUGCUCUUGUUAGGAUUGGCGCAAAAUUGGCUGGCGGGAUGCCUGAGCUCCCUCGCCGCGUCGCUGAACACGCCGUCUGCCUUCGCGGCGUACGUCCUAGGAUGCGCUGCGGCUGCGUGGCCGGCCACAUUGCUUGGGUACUUCUCAAUUUCCAUUUAUGAGACAGCAGGCUCCCGCUUUUUAUUCAUGAUAGAUUAUAUUUUUUUUCCUUUCAUCACGUAUUUCUACGUAUGAUUUGGAUUUAUCAUAUAAAUUAGAAACACAUGAUGUAGUACUCUUCCUAAUCGAAAACUGAAAAUAAGCGAGUUGUAACAAAUACAUUAACCGAGUAUCUGAGAUUCUUAUCUAAAUUAGUUACUCGCUUAUUUCAGUUUUUCGAGUAGAGAAUACUCACCACUUCAACCAUUCUUGCCACAGUAUUGCUUUCGCGUUGCAGGAGAGUUUCCAGCCAAGCAAGAUUCUCUGCAUGUGGCUGUAUGCUGCGAAUGGACUGUUCGCCACUCUGUACUACUUAUUUUACGUCUUUGUGUUUCGCAAGUACAUCACAAUGGUCGCGAAGACACGCAAUCCCCCCAGUGGCGCGAACUGGGACUCUCAGGGUGAAGACUUCGCACAGGCAAACUAUCAAAUGGUCGAUGCUCAGGACGCGGGUGUAUUGAACGUGGACGAGGUGAAACAACAACGAGGAAGUGGAAACACAGCAGGAGCUCCUAAAGAUUCUGCUAAGGGCGGAGAACGCUCUUUCUUUUCCAUCAUUGGUGGCAGCUGGAAGGUUAUUUUGGCCAUGUUUUUACAGUUCGUGAUUACCUUCAUUGUCUUCCCGUCCGUCGUGUUUUUGUGGAGUAAGAGCGGCACAAUUCCAGCUGAGCUGAGCAACGAGGCAUAUUGGCAGGUAUUGCAUGCAAUUUUUCAAGUUGGCGACGCCAUUGGCCGAUUUAUACCAUCGAUCAGUUGUCCUCGGCGCUGCUGUGCCUGUCGUGGUAAGCGAAACACACAAGAAGAAGAGGGUGCGAUGUUGAUCGACAAACAAGACGAGCAGACGGACGAAGAGGAGCGCGUCUUUCCGUUCACGAUACACAAGACGACGUUCCUUCUCGUGGGCGUGCUGAUCCGCGGCGCUGUGGUGCUGCCACUCUUUUACAUCUUUGCGCUGUUUGGCGUGCCUUUCUCACUGCACGUUAUCCUCAUGCUCUUCUUUGGACUCACCCAGGGGUACUUUACCAAUAACCUAUUUAUGAAGAGCGGGAAAAAGGCACAAUCAGACAAAGAACUGGGUGUUUUGGGCCCUGCGGUGAGCACAGCAUUGGUUACAGGAAUCCUCGUGGGUGCCGCCAUUCAAUUGGGUAUAUCGAAGGCGUUGCCAACAUAGGUUUCAUUUCAAAAGAUACUGACGACAGAAGACACACAGAGCAUGACUAUGAUGACCCAUUCUACAAAGAUUAUGCUUAUGCAAGAGAAUAGACAUAGAUGCCAUGCCAGCCCCCGAAGUCUGUACUUCGAGAACUUGCGAUCUAGUCCCAUUCAGUCGUGAUGUAAUUAUAGAUAUGGAUCGUCGUGAACGAGAAUACGAAAACUAGGCACCUGCUGUUUCUUGCAUCAAGAUGAUUACCCGACUGGUUGGAUUUCCACCGCGAAUAAUUAGUUUGCUUUACAUCUCACAGUCACAGACAACAGGUGCUCAGGUGAUGCUACUAGUAGUAGUGAGUUAGUAGUGAUGGUUUCUGGUUUGCAAUUUCUGGCAGCACUAUAACACACUCAUCGACGAAAACUUAACGAUAAUUAGUGAGACAUAAUGAUAUAUAUAUAAUGAUAGGUUGGCAGGCUCGCAAGAAUGAAUGUGCGGGGCCACGACAGUAUCUAUGCGGUUCUAUGAUGUUGUAUAUUCGACCGAUAUACCAUUCCCAAAAAAAUAGGCGAGCAUCAAUGGGAUUACGCUUCUCAAAAACCAGAAGUCCAAGAACUGACACACGAACUAUGACAAUGAAAAUUAAUGAUCAUGCCUUGAGCACCGAGAUGAGCCGUUUCUUUGCCGUGUAAUAAUCAUUGCGGUGGCGCUCCUUAAU